AUGGAAGAUUCGAGUAAUCAGAAGAAAAAGCAAGCAAUCGAAGAUGGUGAAGAAGACAGAAUCAGCACUUUACCAGACCCGAUUCUUCACGAAAUCCUAUCUUCCAUGGACCUCAAAUACGCAAUUCAGACCUGCGCGCUGUCAAAACGAUGGAGGUAUCUCUGGACUUCCCUCCCCAACCUCCACUUCGAUGUCGACCUAUUUCCACUUCCCAACGAUUCCAAAAGGCUUCAUCAAUUCCCGCACUUCGUGAACCAAGUAUUGUCUCAGAGAGACACCAACUCCAAUCUCUGCAAUUUCUACUUCUCUCCCCAUGCUUGUGACCACCCAAGCUUCAUCGAGAAUUCCCUCUCUUACGCAAUUUCCCACAAUGUUCAACAACUCCAUGUUGCGGCAUUUAGUUAUCCCAGUGCCUAUCAACUUCCUCUCUGUUUGAUUAACUCUGAAUCUCUCAAAUCUCUCACAUUCGAGUAUGGAAACCAACUAAAUGAUUUUAAUAUCACUGCUCCGAAACUUAGGAACUUGGAAUUAUGGUACGAUGAUGAACAUUGGUUUUCAGACUAUUAUCAAUUGGACUCUGAUGGAUUGGACCCUGUCCCUGAUGGACAGAAGAUUGUGGUUUCGGCACCUAGACUGACUUCAUUCAAGCUGGAAGGUAGAGUUUCACCAGUCUUUUCUGCGACGAGUCUUCCUUGUUUGGACAAUGUUGAUAUCGACAUAAGGGUUCCUUUCAAUGCAAUUAUCGAGCGAAGCUUGUCGCUCAAUGUGAUAAACAUGCUUGGUCAGCUUCGAGAAGCAAGCUCUGUUACGUUGUCGCUGAUAACCCUUGAGAUCCUGUAA